AUGCAUUGCUGGGUUCAAGGACAGCGUCGACGCGGCUGCGGCCAGUGGGGGCCCUGCAGGGGGCCUUGGGCGGGCAGGGGGCGGUGGGGCCCAUGGGGUUGGCCACCGCAUGCCGGCUGGCGUCCCCAAUGCGGCCCCAGGCACCACGGCAGGGACGGUGGGGGCAGGUUUCGAUGGCCACUGGCCGGCCGGGAUCCCGGCGACCCGAACGCGGACGGUCUGGUUGAUCUGGAAGAUUGGGGUGCGGAGUACCGACUCGUGCGGUGGGUUCCUGACGUGAGGGCGGACCAGAUUCGCGUGCAAGUGGAGGGUCGGUUCGUGGUGGUGCGCACGGAAUGCGAUGAGCCGGAGAGGCGGUUUGAGUGGCAGGCUCGAGUGCCGGAGGGCGUGGAGGAGGGGGCGAUACACGCGGAGGUGUCCGAGGGGGGCGUCCUGACCGUGAUCCUGCCCAAGGCGGAGGACCCCGUGCGCGUGAUCCCCGUCACGGAAGUUCGAGGCCCUUCCGGAAAUGCUCAAAGGGGCGUGGAGGUCGAGGAUGCGGCGAAUGCGGGAAACGCAGAGAAUGGCGGAUGGGUGGUGGAGGAAAGGGGUGGGGAGUACAGGCUGAGUCGGGAUGUGGGGCCUGUUGAAGCGGAGGGGGUGGUUGCGGAGGUGGUCGACGGCAGGGUGGCGGUGAGCGUGCCCGGGGUGGGCGGCGGGGCGGGGGUGAGGGCCGCGUGGGGCAUGCCGCCGGACGUGGACCACGGGGCUGUGUCGGCUGACGUGGAGGACGGCACGCUGACGGUGGUUCUGCCCAAGGCGGGGGCGGCGGCGCGAGAGGCGGGAUCUGGAGCGGCUGAGCCGCAGCAAGGGCGGGGGGAGCAUCAAGGCUCUGCAUCUCAGGCGGAGGUCGAUGCGGUCGGCCAGAAGGUCGGGAGCCUUCAAAUCCCCGACAGCGCGGCACCCGCGGAGCCGUCCGCGCCGCUGCUGCCUGCGGACACGGAGCCGCGGGCCCAGGGCGCGGCCGUGGGCCCGCAGGCCCCGCAGCCACCGGGCAGCCCGUCGGGCGACAUGACCGACUGGGUCGACGUGAUGGAGGAGGACGCCAGCAAGGCGGAGGGACAGAAGGAUUGA